GUUGAAAAAAAAAAAGUUUUUAUUUAUCUUGACCUUAUUUCUUUGAAGAAAAUAAAGCUUGGUUAUUAAAGAAGUCCAAGUUAGUUGCCACCAUCAGUGGCAUAACGGUAAAUUAAAGCCAACUUCCUCUAACUAAAGUUUUCUAUAAAUUCAACCACUCACCUCCCACUCUAAAACCCAACAACAUAAUUUCACAUAUCUCUCUUUCUUUCUCUUGAAGGAAAGACGAAGAUCUCCAAGUCCCAAGUUGUUAACACAAGACGUAAACAUGGGUCAUCUUGGGUUCUUAGUUAUGAUUAUGGUAGGAGUCAUGGCUUCUUCUGUGAGCGGCUACGGUGGCGGUUGGAUCAACGCUCACGCCACUUUUUACGGUGGUGGUGAUGCUUCCGGCACAAUGGGUGGUGCUUGUGGAUAUGGUAAUCUAUAUAGCCAAGGCUACGGGACGAGCACGGCGGCUCUAAGCACAGCUCUCUUCAACAAUGGACUUAGCUGUGGUUCUUGCUUUGAGAUAAGAUGUGAAAACGAUGGUAAAUGGUGUUUACCUGGCUCAAUCGUUGUAACCGCUACAAACUUCUGCCCGCCAAAUAACGCGUUAGCGAACAAUAAUGGCGGUUGGUGUAAUCCUCCUCUUGAACACUUUGACCUUGCUCAGCCUGUUUUUCAACGCAUUGCUCAGUACAGAGCUGGAAUCGUCCCUGUUUCCUACAGAAGGGUUCCUUGCAGGAGAAGAGGAGGAAUAAGAUUCACGAUAAACGGCCACUCAUACUUCAACCUUGUGCUGAUCACAAACGUCGGUGGUGCCGGAGACGUUCACUCGGCGGCGAUCAAGGGUUCAAGAACAGUGUGGCAAGCUAUGUCAAGGAACUGGGGGCAAAAUUGGCAAAGCAACUCUUACCUCAACGGUCAAGCACUUUCCUUUAAGGUCACCACCAGCGACGGCCGCACAGUUGUCUCCUUCAACGCCGCUCCUGCCGGCUGGUCUUAUGGCCAGACUUUUGCCGGUGGACAGUUCCGUUAAAAAGGGCAAGUUGGUUAAUCUCUCUUCCAUUUAUCUAAAGUAAACUCAUUUGUGUGGUUAUAUUGGUCUCUUGAAAAAACUCGGUUAUUGAGAGAGUGAUGCGUCGAGGGCUCGGUUUUGCAGAAGGCCUUGAUGACGUCUAAUCUUUUUUUGGACCUCUUUAUUUUUCUUUCUUGAAACUAGUUUUUGUUAAGAAAGAAAAAACAAGUUAUAGUAGUUAAUGUAUUACUGAUGCAGAGGUGGAGUUUUAACUACCACCCGCUAGUAGUAGUUAUGAGUUUUUUAUUUUAAGGUGUGAGAGAGAGAUGGAUUAUCAAGAUUUGUCAAUUUUAUUAUGUUUGUUUGUAAUAAUACAAUUCUUUACUCCAGUUAAUGAAAAUUGGGGGAUUGAUCACUUUUUUUUGCAUUUUUUUUCACUUUUCAUAUCAACAUACCAAAUUUUACAACCAUUAUAGACUAUUUUGGGAACUUUAUCUUUCGUUUCAAAUUUUUACAAACAUUAUUGAAUGCUCAUUUAGCUU